UCUGGAUAAGAGGCAAACUGUACUUCACUUUUUGAAAAGGAUCAAGAACUUGGUACAGUUCUACACUGGGGCCAGAAGAAGCAAUCUGUUCAUCCAAAGGACCUUCGCCGAAAAAUUGUGUGCUUUGCAGGAGAGGAUGGAAACGCCGGUGCGCGCGCAAGGACCCUUGAACAUAGAGGAAGAGUACAACAACACUCUGCGGACGCAAUCGAACGCAUGCUUCCUGUCAAAGAAACAGCAAUCUGAGGAAGAAAUGGAGGUUCUUCAUGACAAUCAUCAGGGUCUCAUCUCCCCAAUGCUCCAGGACAUGGUGAUACACCGAAGAACAUCUUCAGAGAUCGAGCUCGCAAUGGCGGGCUACUUCGAUGCCAGCGCCGAGGCCUCGGAGAUGUGCAGGCAGCUGCUCAGGAGUAUCAAGAGCACCCAAAGCAACUACCAAUCGAUGGAGAGCUUCCUUGCAAGCAUGUCAGACGGUAGCGCCCGGGAGCUCGUCAGAAGCAACCCUUUCUGCACCAUGACGCGAAGCAACUUCAGGCAGAUCCAUGAAAGGUACUCCUCCAUUCUCCAGAGCAUCAGGUCAAGCCACAGGAGAGUGAGCAGGAAGCUCCGGAUGGUGAAGGCCAUCAAGAAGCUCUCGAGGACGUGCGUCCUCAUGGUCUGCGGCGCGGCCGCGGCGGGCACCAUCGGCGCCGCCGCGCACUUGCUGUUCUUCGGCCUGCUGAUCGUGCCGGCAGCCGCGGGACUCUGCCCGGCGGCGCUCAGGAGAAGGCGGCUCUCGGCGAGGACGGCGGCGAGGGAGCUGCGGCCCGGCGGGAUGACGUCGCUGGUGCGGCUGCGGGAGCAGCUUGACACCGCGGCGAAGGGCACGUACGUCCUCGGCAGGGACCUCGACACGGUGAGCCACCUCGUGGCGCGGCUCUCCGACGGCAUCGAGCGGGAGAACGCCAUGGCGAGGCGGUGCGCGGAGAGGGCGGGCGACAGGUGCCCGGUGCAGGAGAUGGUGGGCGAGCUGAGGAGGAGCUGCUCGAGCUCAAGGAGGCUUGCCGAUGAGCUGGAGGAGCACGUGUGCCUGUGCCUUGCCACCAUACAUAGGGUUAGGCUUUUGGUGAUCCAAGAGAUCUCGAAGCAGCCAUGGAUAUGAAUGUCGAGCUGGUAUCACUUUGAAUGUAGCCGGAAAAAUAUGUUUAGGAAUGAUCACUAGACAUGCUGAAUUUAUCAACGGAGAU